GACGUCACAGAAGAACAAAGUAACAAUGGAACUUUGUCGUUGAGUCUGUAGUAUAUACAAGGUGUCCCAAAAAUGUUGGAGGCCCUUGAAAGGGGUGGUUCGGGGGGUGAUUUGAAACAACUUUUUCCUUAGCGAUAUAUCAUCGUGUGUAAAUAGUUACCGAGUUUGUCAUCGAAUGAUGUUGUUCUUUUAAAAUGUUCAAAAUAAACACAAGAUGGAAAAACACGUGAAACUCAUAGACUUUCUUUCGACUCUCGAAAAUACUGAAAGUAAAAGAAUGUUGGAAGACUAUCUAAGAAAAGCAGCCUUUGUCGGUAACACAGAUGUGGUUCAAAAAUUACUUAAAUUAGGUGUUGAUGUUAAUGCAAGAGAUCCUGUUGAUGGAUGGACUUCUUUGCAUUUGGCGUGUGAGGCAGGUUAUUGUGACGUAGUUGUUUUACUUUUAAAGAAUGGUGCAGAUAAAAAUAUAAUAUCUAUAAAUGGAGAAACUCCAGCAUCUUUGUGUACUAAUCCCGAAAUUGUACAACUUUUGGGUGCAUCCAUGGAUCAGCUGAGUUUAAAUGACUCAACAGCACAAAAUACUAUACCCAACUAUUUAAAACAUGAUUUUGUACAUGGAACUGUAGAAUCAAGUAUUUCUAAAGUAAGAAGCAAUGGUUUAUAUCCAGAUGAAUUAGUAUUAAAGAUUCGUGUAGCAGAUGCUCCUGAUCCAGACUUCAUAGAAAUUGAAUUACCUCAAAGCAACUUAACAUACCAAGCACUAAUUAGAGUAUGCUGUCAGGAACUAAAUAUCGAUCCAAAUCAAAUUGUUAAACUAAGAAAGUUGCCCAAUACUAAAUUAAGAAAAGAUGAAGAUAUUCAACGACUUCGGAACUUCCAAGAGAUUGAAGUUGUUACAAAUACUGUUAAUACAUGCAAUUACGUACAAAAUACAAAUGAUAUUUCGAACAAUAUUUCAACGACACCAGCAAAUGGAUAUCAAAGUAUUUCCAAGAAAGAUCAGACUAUUUUAUAUUAA